AUGGCAGACAAUUCGAGUUCCUCACCAAACCAUCUUGACUUUCAUCCAUGCGAUACCCCUCGAGGCAUGACCUACUACAAGCUACAAGAGCUGACUGACCAGCAGCAAAAGCUCCUGUUCAAUCAGAAACUGGAGAUAAUGCGCAACAACCAGAAGUACCUGAAGGACCACCCAGAGAUAAAAGCCGCUAUAGGCAUCCUAGUCAAGGCCAUCCUGAAAGCAAGACCCAAAGUGAAGCGGCCCUACUUCCUGGCCAAAUACUUCACCGAGCACUACGAAGAGAUAAAAUCAGCAAUGGAGACGUUCUCUACAGGCCAAGACGAAGUCAAUGAAGCCAUGAAGACGUUCGACUUCAUGCUGGAAGACCAAAAAGAAGUAGUUCUUACUCCAUCUGACGCGUCCAAGAAUAUUUCUCUCUGCUGUGUGCUUCCUCAUUUCAUCGUAGGACGAGGCCAUCCUUAA